AUGACCGUGCCCACCUCUCCAGUGUCCCAACCCUCCUACUCGUUCCAAUGUGUCGUCGACUCUCCCGGUUUCCAAGUCGUCGGUGGUAAAGGUGUGUACAUCGACGUCGAAAAAGACGGCCAAGUCCAUAGCGGAGUCCUAGACGGUGUCACCGGUGCUGCCGUCGGUGCUCUAGGAUGGGGCAACGAGGAAGUGCAAGAAAUCAUGGCCAAUGCUGCCAAAGAAGCCGUUUACUCUUUUGCCCCAAUCAUGGGUAACAAGCCUUCUGAAGAGCUAGCCAAAUUCUACAUCGACAACUCGCCCAAGGGCGCCUUUUCUGCCGCCCUAUGGGUCUGCUCCGGUUCCGAAAGUAACGAAAACGCGUUGAGAAUCAUCAGACAGUACUUUCUAGAGCGUAACCUUCCAAACAAGACCAAGCUCAUCAGCAGAGAAUUGUCAUACCACGGUUACACCUUGGGUGCCCAAUCCAUUUCUUGGAACCCUAAAGUCUUGCCUUUCGAGCCAUACCUCAUGAACCGUGAGAAGACCAACAUCAAAAUCAACAGUGCUUACCCUUACCGUCUACAAAAGAGCGGCGAGACCGAAGAGGCUUACAGCGAGCGUCUACUCAAGGACUUGGAAGACAAGAUCUUGGCCAACGACCCAGACACCAUUGCCUCCGUCACCGUUGAGACUUUGCCAGGUUCUACUUUGGGUACGUGCCCACCACCAAAGGGCUACUUGCCAGGUAUCAGAAAGCUGUGCAACAAGUACGACUUGAUCUUCCAUCUAGACGAAGUUAUGUGCGGUACCGGUAGAUCGAACCCUAACGGUAAGUUGAACUGCUGGGAAAACUAUUUGGCCGACAACGAGGCCCCAGACAUCCAGACCGUCGGUAAGACUUUGGGUUCCGGCUACGUUUCCAUUGCUGGUGUCUUGGUCGGACCCAAGAUCGUCGAAGCUUUCACCAAGGGUUCCAACAGCAUCUUCGGUGGUAACACAUACUCCUCUCACGCUUUCAACUGUUCUGUUGCGCUAGCCAUUCAAAAGAAGAUUCUAAAGGAAGGUUUGACCGAGAACAUAUUCAAGAUGGGUAACCUCAUGGGUAAGAGACUCCAGGACGCUUUGCUAUCCUACUCUAACAUUGUCGGUGACGUCAGAGGUAUCGGUGGUUUCUGGUCGCUUGAAUUCGUUAAGGACAGAGCCACCAAGGAUGUCUUCGAUGUCGCAACCAACGUCGCUCCUCGUUUCAAGCAAAUCUGUUUCGACAACAAAUUGAGUGUUAUGGCCCUCUCGGGUACCGAAGAGGGCACCACCGGUGACCGUGCCUUGCUCGCUCCUUCCUUCAUCAUCGACGAAGCCUACGUCAACGAGUUGGUCGAGAAGAUUGUCAAAUCUGUGGACCAGUUGACCAAGGAGUUGCACGCUGAGGGCAAGUUCUGA